UACCUUCAACGUUGUCUCCCUGAGUGUGAGAGCAUUUCCCUUUGUAGAGAGAGAAGUUAUAGAGAGAGAAACAACACCAACAACAAAAAAUGAGAACUAGAAGAGGACUCUGUUAUCCGAAAGUUCAUGCUCCCGCCACAACCACCGCCACCAUGACUCUCUCUUUUCUUAAGAAUAAGCAGAUGAAGGUGACGGUGAGGAAGAGGAGUAAUGAUAACAGAGCUUUUGUUAAUGGCGGCGGCGGCGACGAUAAAAAGAGAUCGUUGUUGUUGCCGGAAAAUGAGAAAAACGAUUUUGUUUUUACUAGUUUUGAUAAAGUAGACAGAGUUCCUUGCCGGAAAAGAGCGAGAAUCUCGUCGGAGUUUACAGCCGGCGGUUCGGAUUUCUUCGACGGGUUGCCGGACGAUCUCGUCGUUUCUAUUCUGUGCAAGCUCAGUUCUACCGCUUCUUGUCCUGCCGAUUUUGUCAACGUUCUCUUAACUUGCAAGAGAUUCAACGGAUUAGGUCUUAAUUCAAUGGUGUUAUCGAAAGCUUCUCCGAAAACAUUCGCCAUUAAAGCUAAGAAUUGGUCUGAAUCUUCUCAUCGCUUCCUAAGAUCCUGCUCCGACUCCGGAAAUGUCGAAGCUUGCUACACUCUCGGCAUGAUUCGAUUCUACUGUUUACAAAACCGAGGAAGCGGAGCGUCACUAAUGGCUAAAGCAGCGAUUAACUCUCACGCGCAAGCUCUCUACUCCUUAGCGGUGAUCCAAUUCAAUGGAAGCGGAGGAACAAAGAGUGACAAAGACCUACGCGCAGGAGUCGCGUUAUGUGCACGUGCCGCCUUCUUAGGCCACGUAGACGCCCUCCGCGAGCUCGGCCACUGCCUACAAGACGGAUACGGCGUCCGCCAAAACGUCGCCGAAGGGCGUCGUUUCCUUGUUCAGGCCAACGCUCGUGAGCUCGCCGCCGCUCUCACGUGCUCCACCUCAGCUUCCUCCUAUAUUGUCUCAUCUCAGCCAGUUGGAAACCGCCUUGUGUCAACCACCACCGGAACAAUCGGUUGUCCUUUGCUGAGUGACUUCGGUUGUAAUGUUCCGGCACCGGAAGGUCACCCGGCGAAUCAGUUCUUAACCGAAUGGUUUACCGGUCGGACCAGUGAAAAUCCUGGACCGGGAUUAAGGCUUUGUUCUCACGCCGGGUGCGGUAGACCGGAGACACGUAAGCACGAAUUUCGACGUUGUUCAGUUUGCGGUGCCGUGAAUUACUGUUCGCGUGCUUGUCAAGCGCUUGAUUGGAAGUUGAGGCAUAAGGGUGACUGCGCUCCUAUGCCUAGGUGGGUUGAAGUUGAUGAAGAAAACAUUAACGCCGGUGACGUUAACGGUAACGAUGUUAAUAACGGAGACGCUGAUAUAAACGCUAUGGAAAUGGAUGAGGACAGUUAACGGUGGACUGUGACUGUGACGGCCAACGGCCCGCCACAUGAGUUUUUUGGUUGGGGUUGGAGAUUUCAUUUCCGGUUAAAGAAGAAAGAAAAUGGAACAGUAAAAAUGGUCAUAUUUCGGAAAUUUUGCCGUAUUUUAGCAUUUUAGUAGGAAAUUAGUUUGCUAAAUGAGAAAGGUGGGGAAUUAAUUUUUAAAUUUUUUAUUUUAUAAUUUGGAUGAAGGGUAAAGGGGUGUAGGAACUUUAAUUUGGACUUGGGUGUUAAUCUUUGGAAAAGAAUCGAAAAUGAAUUUAGUUUUUUUUUUUCUCCAUUUGUGGAGAAAUUUUUAUUUUUUAUGUAUAGAGAAAAGGGAUUAGUUCCCUAUUGCGGAAAUGAUGUACGGAGUAGUUUUUUUUAAGCUAAUUAUUUGGCUUAAUUACAAAAAUUUCAAUCAACAACUACAUAGUCUACUA